UCUGUGCUUUGAUAAUUUUUUUACCCUCUUUCUUUCUUUUUUUAAGGGGGAUGUCUUUGUUAUUUUUCGAUUAUAUUUUGUUCUGUUUUGUUUCUAUUUUAACCAUUUUUUCCUCUUCUUUUUUUGUUAUUUAUCUCUUCUUUAAUUUUGUGUUAUCUCUCUUGUUACCUCCUUUAUUGAACUUGGUCACCUUAUUCAUGUCGCCUUUCACAAUUCACUUCCCUCUCUAUCACCUCAAAUUUACGUUCAUGUUUACACUUUCUUAUAAUCGCAUUUUUUUUCUUUUUUUUUUUUUUGUUAUUUCCUUGUACUUUCAUUCAGUGUUUGUUAUCCUUCAUAUUAUCCAUUUAUCCAGAUAUUUAUUUUAUUUUCUUAUUCCAAUGAAACAAAAUACGUACGUUUAUGUGUACGUAUGUGUGUGUACGUGUUUGAUCAUUGUUUCGUGAAAGUAUCACGAAAUUUAGUUUGUGUAUUAUUGUUACUUACUUUUGAUUACUUUUUGUUAAUAUUACUGUUUGCAUUGCGCAUGUUGCGUUUUGUUUGUUUCUUACUUCACCCCGGCGCCAGCACCCAGCACCCAGCAGCCGCCACGCAGGUCAGUUGUCUGUGGUGGCUGCUUCCGCCAGGGUGAGUGUGGUGUGGCGGCCGUGUGACAUGGCCCAUGCUGGUUCCCUGCUGUUCCUUGCGGGAUUACUACGAGAGAGAGUGUGGCCCCGAAGUCCCCCUGCGUUGCGAUGUUGGGGACCUGUCUGGCCUUAUUGGUACCAUCGACAUUAGAGAGAAGAGAUUUGUGUUUGUGGAUCGCAAUCUGCCCCUGGCAUCAUGAACCGGGCCAUGAUCAUCCACACGGAGAACGCGGGAGUGGAGCGGUUCGCCUGCGCCAAUAUUGAACCAGACGAUGACAUAAUUAAGUGGGUCAUUAUCAGAAAGGCGCCCAAAUUUUCUGCCUACCUUCAUGAUGGGCAUGCGCGAGGUGUUAUGGACGCCCAAGCAGCUGAUCUCCAGACGGUGACCUUGUCCAGUGACCAGCAGUGCGUGACCUUCGUGGUGCACUUCAUGGGCCCCAGCGCAGGUCGUCUUGAGCUGGACUUAUCCCGCGUGCUGGCUGGCCGCAAUCUGGACCGCCCCACCAUUACCAUCAGGGGCGUGUACCCUGACCCGGACCGCCCCAAGAAGCUGCCCUACAGGACCUGCGGGAGCCUGGAGGAGGAGACACUGCUGGAGGAGAAUAAGACCAACACCCUGUGGGAUCUCAAGGGCGGUGUUGCCGGAGCUGGCCUCGCCCCCGCCCUGCUGCUGCCUCUGCUUCUCCUCAUCGCCUGCGAUAAACCCAUCAACAUCAAGGCAUCUUGGUUUUCGCGUCCAUCCCCGUCCCCCUUAGUUCCUCUUACCCUGCAUAGAGAGCCUGUACAUUAUGUAGAUAGGAGCUCUUGCAGAUACUUCAAGCCCUCCACAACACAACACAACCACCGCCACCAAGAACACACCAUUAUCCACUAA